UACCUCCACUCUACUCUGCUCCUCCCCAAUCCAAACCCGCUCCCCCACCACACCACAACCUGUUCGACGAAAUGCCGCCACCGUCGCCGCCGCUCUUCCUCUCGCUCCCCUCGCCGCCGCCGCCGCCGCUGCCGCACCUCCUGCCUAGCCACAGGCCGGCGGCUGCACUGACGCUAGCCCCGGCGCUGUCCAGCAGGAGGGUUUCUUCCGUCUGCCCCGUGGCCUCCCAGCGCCACUCCGACUACUUCGACCCCCGUGCCCCGCCGCCUCCGCCGCCGCGCGACGGGUACGGGGGCCCGGCGUACUCGCCUCCUGCGGCGCAAGGUGGGCAGCAGAAUGGGAGGGUGUUCUCUACGUACAGCAUCUACAAGGGCAAGGCGGCGAUGUCGCUCGACCCCAGGCCGCCGCAGUUCGUGCCGCUCGAUUCUGGGGCUUACAAGGUUGUGAAGGAGGGAUUCGUGCUGCUACAGUUCGCGCCCGCUGUGGCGACUCGUCAGUAUGAUUGGACUCGCAAGCAGGUGUUCUCAUUAUCUGUGUGGGAGAUGGGUAGCUUGCUUACUCUAGGUCCAACUGAUUCUUGCGAGUUCUUCCAUGACCCUUUCAAGGGGAGGAGUGAUGAAGGUAAAGUGCGGAAGGUUCUAAAAGUUGAGCCAACACCAGAUGGCAACAGUCGCUUUUUCAAUCUCAGUGUUCAAAACCGUCUCCUGAACAUCGAUGAGAAUAUUUACAUCCCUAUAACCAAAGGAGAAUUUGCUGUGAUUGUAUCGACUUUCAAUUAUAUCAUACCACAUCUUAUGGGCUGGAGCACAUUUACAAAUUCUAUAAAACCUGAAGAUUCACGGGCGUACACUAGGCCACAAUCCGGGCCUGAAUAUGAAUGGCGGAGGUGACCAAAGGGUGUCUGAAGGGAGAUGGCAACUGUCCAAAGGAUAGUUCUUGGUGGCUUUGUUAGAAAGUACUUGGUCCACAAUUUGGACGGGCAAUCUCUGAUCUAGUUAGUUAGCGAAUGAACUUUCAUUUCUUGCCUUUGUUACAUUUCUUCUUAGAGCAGGUGGGUGGAAGCCGUUUUAUGUAAAAUGUUUCUCUGCUGUCUAGAUUUGGAGGUCUUGAUAUGGUAGACAACUGCUAGGAUCUGGCAUUUUGGGGGCAAUGACAUUGUGACCCAAUCAGGUCUGAUGGACAAAGAUGGGAGGAAUUGCAGAAGCCCUAAUUAACGAACGUUCGUGCAGUUUGGUUACUAGUGAA